UCACUGAGAGCUGUUGAUUGUCGAAGGUGGCUGCCGUCGCGCGUCGCACCGGCCGGUCGUCGCUAGUGUCCGCCCCCGUCCCCGCCCGUCGGUGUCGGCGGUGGGACCGUCUGGAGCGGACGGGGCCGGCCGGUGCCAGCUGGAGUUCAGUCGGCGCUGGACGGUGACUGGCAGCGGGGCCGAGUGGGGACGUGUGCCGCGCGCAGGUCGCCGGCUGAACUGCGAGUGAGGACCGAGCUGGAAACUAAGGACUGAGGUCUGGGGACCGAACAGAGAGCUGAAUAACGUGAACCAAGUGGAGAACUGAGAACUGAGUGGAGGACCGGGUCCCGAGUAGGGACUGUGCGAAUUGAGGCCCGAGCGAGAAACUUUGGACUGGGUGGAGGACUGAGGACUUCGGAACGAACGGAGAAUUGAGGACUCAGUGGAAAGCUGAGUGUCGAGAACCAGCUGGACUGAGGUGCCAGGCGGGGGACUGAAGACCAAGGCCCAGACACUGAGGAUCAGACGGAGAACAGAGGACUGAACCGAGGAAGGUCGAGGAGUGGAAGGUCUGCGGAUACGACGGUGAGGAGAUGAAGCACAGCUUCAAGCUGUUGCUGUCGAUGAAGAAGGAGCCGGGCGGCCAGCCGCUGUUCUACAAGUCGGACGGACAGCGGUUCGCCCGCGAGAAGACGGUCAAACUGAACACGCACUGCCAGUACCGCAUGGACCUGUCGUUCACGCCGCCCCGGGAGGUCGAAGCUGUAAACUUCGGUGGGGAAAACCUCGAGUUUCACGAGGUGACGAGAGACAGUACUGCGUCGGCGUACUCGACCUUCUUCCACACGCAGGACUUUGAUAUGACCAAGAAGGGUCACCGGAGGGAGGUGCCCGUGAUGGUCACGCUAAAGGACGUGGGAGAGAUGCGACUAGUGAUACAGGUCAAAUGCUACGACCGAGACAACGUGCAGCACAGCGAGUGGGGCUCCAACUUCCACUGCAUCGAGUACCUCUGCGAGGAGCUCGACUGCCGUGCCGUCGACAUCGUCAAAGAGACCUUCAGAUAGGGCCACCGGCGGCGGCGGAGGGCAGGCGGGGCGGGGCGGCGCUGGCGCGUGGGGAGUGCUCGCUGGCGUUUACAAGUGAUUUAUGGGUGUGUCCCGAUCCAAUAAUCGUCGGCCGGUCACGUGCGGCGCUAGGUUGGUGGGGGGGGGGGGGGAGAGGGGGUGCGUGUCUGAGGACCGAGGAGGCUCGGUUGGCGGCAGAAGGCUAGCCCGCUGACACGGACGAGGCACGGGUGGGUGCUAACGACAUUGAUACUGCGGUCACGCAACAGCCAAAGGUGCAGCCACCUACUGUGAACCCCCCGCGUGAGCCGAGGGCUACUAAGAAGCGAACGGACAUAGCUUAUAGUGUUGUUUCAAGUCAAGCCAACGGCUUUAACGUGCUUAUGACGUAAUGAUAAUUUGUUGAUGGCUCACUGAUGAUCCCCAGAUAUUUUACCCCUUGGAGUACAUAAAUAGUUUCACCCUUAGUUUUUGUCCUGUAUGUUUCCCGUUUGUCGCUAGAAACCGUGCCAUAAUUUUCUGCAUUUCCCAGUGUUACUCUGUGCCGACUUUACCUACUUUACUGCUUGCGAGCUGUUGUCCGAAUGUGACCGUUCAUCGUUCGGUGUGCCUCAGCAUGCCAAUCGCUGUAUAUAGAUGUACGGCGAUAAAACAAUGUGAUGUUUAUGAGCCGUGUCAUGUUUAUACGCACAAUCAGAACAAUAAAUCGUGACAGCGUGCCGA